AUGUUUCCGGAGGAGACUUUGAUGGCGGUGGAGAAGGUGAAGCUGCUGAGCCUGAGACAUAUGAAGGUGGAGAUGACGAGGAGAAAGCUCACUAUGAUCAGAAUUACAAUUAUACCUCUACUGCAGCUACUGUUGAUCCAUAUUGGAAUUAUCAUCAAUGGGUUGCUGAGGGUGAAGCAGCUUGGGCAGGCGAAGAAGUAUACGGAAUAUAUGACCAGCAAUGGUAUGAUACUCACGAAGAAGGCUAUAAUCACGAUCACGACGAUACAGCACCAUGGUGGGGCGGUAGCUAUGACGCAGAGGGAGAGGCGUACUUUGCUAAUUUUUUCUGUUACAUUAAUCUUCUAGUCAACAUUCUGGCUGUGGUGGGUACCUAGUACUCACUGUUAGUUCAGGUCCUCCUCGUGCUCCGUCAAUUAUUUGAGAUCAUCAGAUAUGAUCUUCUACUUCUUCUUCAGUAGCCAGUUUCCUCUUCAUUUGAGCUACGUCUAUAUUUUUGGGUUAAAAAUCUUCAGAUCAGGAUCACUAGAGCAUUGCUGUAGCUUCCCUCAGAUUGAGACAGUUGAAGAAACAAGAUACAACCAUGCAUUCAAAUUUCCACCUCAGGGAGGAUCAUGGCUACGAUGAAGGCGACGAAGAAGGAGACGAUUACACAGAAGAGAUUGUAG